GGCACGCGGCUUCAUACUGGGAAAUCAGUGGAUAUCAGUGGAAAAGUGGAGGGCGCAGACGGACUGCUCUCGGACCAGCAGCGCGCGGGGGUGCGGGAGAACGGGAUCCGACGGUUCGCGUCUGCACAUCUUCGCGAGCCUCACAUUUUUUCGCUAAAGAAAAUAUACAGAAAAAGAAACUACAUGAUUCUCAACUACGUAGCCCGCGUGUUCAAAGAAUUAUGAAAAAAAGGGUGGACGAAUCAAAUAAAUAGCUGCAAUCGAUACACUCCAAAGAGAUAUUAUAUAGGCUACGUCGACUUCUCUCGAUCGCUUCUUUCUUAAGUUUUCUCAGACUUAAUUGCGCAUCGCGAUUCGUCCGGUGCAGAUAAAUUAUUAAUAAGCAGGUUGGAUGGGAGGAUGAUGAUGUCGGGAGUUGGAAAAGUCGUUUUCGCUGCAUGAAUUAUUUUAUAUAUAUAUAUGUUCAUAUAUCAUUUUGUUUUUUUAAAGCGCUCUGGUCAGAUACGAAGACCACAAAGAUAUUUUUUUUCUCUAACUGAAUUUCGAUCGGAGCUACCAGUUGUGUUGUUCUGCGAAAGGGAAGGGAGCGCUCCUUCUCGGCAAUUCGCGCUAUAUAAUUAUCUGUCGACUUUGUAAUUCAUCACGGACCCGAGGGUGUGACUGGGAAAGUAGCUUGGAGCUCACAAAAGACGGAGCGAGACCCCUCUUCUACCCUCAAAUUAUAUGGACUGACCAGAUCGUAACGGAACAGGAUUAUAGGUGAGUCCGAUUUUUUCCCCCCCUCCUCCCUCAUCCUCUGCAUUUACAAAUAAAGUGCUAGGCGAAGGUCAGCACCCUGCUGUCAAUUAUUAAUAAUUAUUUUGUGUGUCAAAAGUCGCCGCUGUCAUAUUUCGGAGAAAAUGCAAUCAUGCAUCUUCCGUCCGGGUAGGCAGUCUUAAGUGUGAAAUCAAAGUGGAUGAGAAAAAAAAAAAGAAAUCUAUAUUGCAUGGAGCAGCGUCCUCGUUUCCACCUAUUGCCGUGCAGGAACCAGGAACAAAGGUUUUGGAUGGGGCACACACACUGUGUUUCAUCUACCCCGGAGACCGAGACGCAAAGCCUGCGAACCGAAGGCGGCUCGGGACGUGUCCCAGGCACCUUUCCAUGCCAGGCAAACAAGUCCACCAGCAGCCUCACAGAAGCUGGUCGUAUGAUUGUCCCAAACCAAAUUUCAGAGAAAUCUGUUGUCCCCGUUCGUCUCAAAGACCCUGGAUUGGAAUCUCGGCAGGAAGAUGCCAUGAUUGAUGUCGUUCGGGUGGAUAAUGCCAUGACGCACCUUCAGCAGUCUGGCUGGUACUGGGGUCCCAUCACGGCUUCGCAAGCCAAGCAGGCCCUGAACGACGCCCUGGAGGGGACCUUCCUGUUGCGCGACAGCUCCAACCCGGCUUACUCGCUCACGUUGUCGGUGAAGACCAGCCUGGGCCCCACGCAUCUGCGUAUCCAGUACUCGGGUGGCCUGUUUGGCUUUGACUCCCUGGCUGUGGCGCGACCCCGGUUGCGGCAGUUCGGCGGUGCCGUGGACCUGGUGCAGCACUACGCCCUGGCCUGCCAACGGCCAGCUGCAGGGAGGUGGAGGUGUGGAGGUGAGGCCAGGGUGGAAGAGGAUGAGGAGGCCCCCACUAGCGCCACGUUCCCGACAGAGGUCAGCCUGCCUCUCAAGCUGUCCCGACCCCUCUAUCAGUCGGCCCCUUCUCUGCAACACCUGUGUCGCAUUGCCAUCAACCAGCACUCACGGUGCCACCAGGACCUGCCUCUGCCACCCAGGCUGAAAGACUACCUAGAGGGAUACCCGUUCGUGCUGUAGCGCCCGUGACCGCGUCUCGUCUUGACGAUAUCGAUGUGCGACUGCGCCCCGUGAUUCUCACUCCAGUGCGUCAAGUUGGAGAAUCUCAGUUCCAGGAGGCCCAGGAUCUACAUGACAGCUUCUGGGGUAAAAUCACAAAGAAAUACCAUGCAAACAAGUGAAUUUUUUUCCACUUUUUUCUUGCUACGAACAAUGCAUAAGUACUAAAAUAUACACGGUGCCCGUAAGAAUUAGUCGAAUCGCGUACAUCCUCUCAAGUGCAUUUGCUUGUGGCAGAAUAUGGCCACUUGACAUUUUAUUGUCCAGCUUGUAUCUCAGUUUUCACCGUAAUUGAAAAAACUUAGAACAACACAAAAAAAAAGACCUUUGCAUUGGCCUUACUCUAGUGUUUUGUUAUGAAAAAAAAACAUCAUUAUUAUAUUAUUAUUCUAUGUAUAAUUUAAUAACAGUAAAUGUUGAGAAAGGUGUGUUCAAAAUGAGAAAUGUGACCUUUUUUUUUUUUUUUUUUUUUUUUUUGCUUUUUAUAACUAGAAUAUAAACUCAUAUUACGGCCAUUUCAGAUGAGCAUACACCAAAAAAGCAGAUGACUCAGUAGUACUCCAUCUGCUUCAGCAGUGAACGAGCCAGUUAUCUUGAGGACUUUCCUUUUGUUUUGGUCCUCACUGGUCUGCAGACCAUUGUCUUGCCUUUACUCUUUUUUUUGUGACUUAUACCUGUACUGUAAUAUUCCGUGUUUGGGCUGUGACCAGCGAGGCUGCAGAGAUGUGGUCACAGCAGGGAUCAAUGUGCUUCCUUCUGAAGUUCGCCCAGGUGACUUCCUGACUGCGGCAGAAAACCAAGCUCAUAGGACUUUAUGGGAAAGAGAUGAAUGUUUGGACUCGUUGAUGUACCCUAGUCUUUGGUCUCCGGGGGUACGGCACAACGCACAACUGGUAGACGUUUCACGCUCCUUCCAAGUUUAUUCGGCCCAUGUGGCGGUAGUCGCAGCCACCAGCAUCCCCUUCGAAGAGCUGCGACCGUUUUUCGAGCAGUGCAAACCCCACUCGAGUUUUACAGUGCUUCACUUUCUUGCAUGGCCUUCUUUUUCAUCGCUGAACUCGAAAAUCAGGUACGCAGCGCAUAUGAACUCUUUUUGCCUUCCUUAUGGACAGAGUGAAGUUACAAUUCCAGUUGCUUUACAUUGGCUUCAGCUGCAAGAAACGCAGA